CAGCGACGCAAUCUGUUAGCUGUGCGCACCGCACUUCAUUGACCGAAUUCAAGCUCGCCGUAUGAAAAUGGCAUCCCGAGUGCGACCACCAACCACCAGAUCAAUUGCACCGGCCGCCUGCGACGGCUACCCGCCAUAAAUCUCCCAGCGCCCAACCGCCCGGCCGUCCGGCUAUUGCCGCUUCGCCGGUGGCCCGGCGCCAUGCCAGCCACACACGCCACAACCCAUGGCGGACGCCACGCCCACGAAACCCAGCAAAAAAGGUUCCUCCGAGCCCGCCGUCCACUGUGACGGCGCCAAGGCCAAGGCCAAGUCCAAGGCCGUCGUCCACGCCGACGCCGAGGACGGGCAUGCCGGCGAUGCCACGAGUCCCGCUCCUGCGCACCGGCCCCGGCUGCUGCGGUGCGCGUGCUGCGGCCUGGCCGCGCUCGCCGCGUUGGCCGCCGUGGUGAUCCUCGUCCUCUCGCUCACCGUGCUGAAGGUCCGGGACCCCGACCUGACCAUGGACUCGGUCACCGUGGAGCGCUUCCGCGUGGGGUUCGCCGACGUGCCCGACGGCCGGCCGCCGCUGCGGAUCAACGCCACGCUGGCCGCGUGGAUCGUGAUCCGGAACCCAAACUACGCGUCCAUGCGGUUCGGCGCCAGCACGACGGAGAUCUUCCUGGACGGCGUGCCUGGCCGCGUUGGCCUCGGGAGCGCGCCGCCCGGCGAGGCGUCGGCGCGGGGCGCCAGCCGGGUGCGCGGCGGCAUGGACGUGUUCGUCGACAGGGUCGCACCGGCCGUGGUGGGGGAGGUGCUGUUCGGCCGCGGCGAGGUGCGGCUCACCAGCCGCACGGCCAUGGACGGCAGAGUCAGCGUGCUCGGCGGAUUGUACGGGCGGCGCACGGUCCGCGUGGCCAUGCGGUGCCGCGUCGUGCUUCAUGUGUCCGCCGUGGUCGUCGUCGCCGGCUCUCCUUCAUGCGUCGCCGAGUUCGGUCGCUGAUGCGUGAGGACGAUGCGACGAUGUGCCGUUGCUCUGCUCGUGCUUAAUAGUUUCUUUUCUGUCGUUCAAUCCUCUCCUCGCCAUGAGACGAAUCUGACACCAUCUUUGGUUUUUGUUAUUUGUAUAUGUUGAACGUUUAAUCUAACUUCAGCGGAGUAAUUUUUAUAUGAUCAAAA